AUGGACAGCGACUCUAAAGAGGCGCUCAUGGAGGAGGCCCCUCCGAGGUACUCGGCCGCCCCCCCGCCGCCCUGCGUCCCCCAGCAGCUCAGGUGGCUGCUGGGGGUGGCGCUGGCCGCGGGGCUCGGCGUGGCCGUCGUCGCCUGCGUCCUGCUGCUGGGGCUGCACCUGGCCGAGGCGCACGCCGAGACGGUGCUGCGCAUGAGCAUCGGGGGGCUGCGCGGGGACGGGCCGGCCCAGCAGCUCACCGUGAGCAGCCGGGAGAGGACGGGGACGUUCGCCGUGAGGGACGGGCUCAACUCCUCGGCCAUGCUGGUCUAUGACUACAGCAAGCUUCUCAUCAGCUACCGCUCCUGGCGUCACCCGGCCUGCUACGUCACCCGCAUGGCCCGGGACAGCGUCCAGGGGCUGGACGCCGUCACCGCUGCCUUCCGGCACCGGCAGGCCGAGCAGCAGGAGAGCGGGGUCCCCGGAGAGCCCCUGGGUGACCGCUCGCUCCUGGGCACCACGGCCAAUGUCCUCUGCAGCACCGUGCCCGUCUAUUGGGCCUAG